CAAAAUACUGUUUCCAAAAAAGCGAGAUAUCCGUUUGGAUUUGUGCCAUUGUGACGAUGAACUUAUGUGCUGCAUGAUUGUUGAAGGAUAUUGGAAUACGAGGGCACGGCUUUUGAGUAGUCUCAUCUCGAUUGUGUAGGGAAAAAAUUGUAUUUCGUAUGUUCAGUGCGAUACGACGUGGGCCGUCCCUUUUUUCUGGGCAAUGUCUUAGCACCGUUCUUUUCAAUCGCUAUAAUGUUGCGAUGAAGGAUAUUUUGGAACCAAAUCAAACACCUGUGCGGAGGAACUUUGCUGCAAAGCGCAACCCCAAGAACAAAAAACGACUACUGGGGAAAACGGUCCGUGAUCGCCAACGCCAACUUGUGGAAACCAAUAAACUUCCUCGAGAUGAAAUAUUUUCUAAAAAGAAGAUGUAUGCAUUGCUGAACACCGCAGAGAAUCGUAUAGGCUUUAUUCAGUCAAGAAUAUACUCCUUUUGGAAUCAAGAGCUAUUGAAAGAGUCCACCGAGGCUGCGCGGCCUCUUAAACCAAAGCUAGUAAUGGACACCCGCUGGUGGUUUUGGAAUAUAAUGUACGCAAUGUUACCUGGCCUGCUGUUCGCCUUGUACAGUGAACUUCGGGGAAAGCGUUUGAUGUAUGAGUUUUAUGAAAGACAAGAACUUGAACAGAUAAAGAAUGCCAUGGGCGAAGAAUUUGUGGAGGCCAAUAUGGAAAAAUUGAUACCCCCGAGGGAGGAAGGAUUUGUUGAGCAAGCUUCGAGGAUUGUUGGAGAGCUUUUUACACUAUUCCAAAGCUUGGCCACGGGCGAAAGAAAUGAAGCUGUCAGAGAAGUUUCGGAAAACGUUCAAAACACGUCACAGCCUGACUCGUUGAAGGCACGUGGGCAAAUCACGGUAUCAGAUACUUCUAAAGAAAAAGAAUCAUAUCAGCAUUCUGGAUCAGAUGAGAAAUACGAUAUACAAUCUCUUUUGGAUCGCAUUGAAAAACUGGAAGCUUCACGGGAGAAAGUUCUUCACGAUGAGAGAACUUUGCGACACCAAAAGCAGAGAGCACAGCAAAGCGGCAUUCACAAUCGUUUUGAAGACCAAAAAAUUUUGGAAUGGAAAAAAAUGCUGGAAUUGAAUAGCCAUCGCGAUGAAAAUUUGGGCAAUGACGAAAGCGAUGAUUGCACGAAGCAAAACAGUUGGCUUCCGCAAACGUUGCAGAAGUCGGUUGAGUCUGCUUUGAGCAUCAUAUCCAGCUCAGUACUUUCGGGAAACGACCAAGUUGAGGAAAAUGACCAAGAGGCACCUUCGGAAGCAAACAAUGAAAAUGGAUCAAACGGGACCGUUGCAAAUAGCCAAAGGCAGCCAAAGGACGCGGCAGAUCGCAAAGUCGACACUUCAAAGAAAGAGAUAACUCAUGCCGCUCCUGACAGUAGUUAAGAACCUUUACCGGAAAGGUUUGUCAUUGCGAGCAAUGGUGUCCCAGCUUUUGUUGCCGCUGGUAUUUCAGGUAGGGCACAAUCUAUUGGUAAUAAGCUCAUAAUAAAUUCAACAAAAGCACCCGG